AUGGCGCCCGGAAGCUUGAUCGUCGGGAUACGACUGCCGGCCUCUAAGGUCCAAAACCAGUGCCGACUUGAGAGUGUCACCAAGCCUGAUUUCGGCCUGCGGGGGUGUCGCAAUACCUAUUGCUCAAUCGCCAGCACCAAACAGCAUUUGCGCGGUGAUCGGGAGGCUUGGGACCUUGGUCUAAUAAUCUUGAAUUUCUGUUUCCGCUAUACUAGCGCUGAGAGAUCAUUGAACGCUCCUCUUACGAUUGAUCUGUUCGUCGGUCUAUGCCAUCUUACUGCCUUAACCAAUAUCUGCGUCCCUCCUUCCAAUGAGACGGCUGUCCACGUGACCAGCGCCCGUCUAGUUCGGCGAGGUCAGGUCAAGCUGUGCGCGAGGUGGCGAAGAAUUGGCAGUUAUUGCAUCUGGAACUCGCUUGCUCCGUCUUUUGUCUCGAGGACGUCAGCCCACACCGAGAUCAAUGCCAUUGCGACAAGGCCCGAUGAACAGACUUGCGAGAUUUUCGACCAAAUACAUUUUGAAGGCUUGAGGCACUCCAUCAUUCAUAUUUGGAGAAGAUUGCAGCACAAUGGUUGUCUAGUUACUAGUAUAUCACACUUGACUAAAGUCAUCGUGGCGAUUCCCAAACUAUCAGUUGAUCGGACUACUCGCCGGAUGGAGUUCAAUUACCACCAGGCUACCAGCGAACUUCUCACGAUCUCUCAGCCUAGGCAAACGGAGGUUCGGAAAGUCAACACAGGCGGUGAACCCAGGCAGACCGUAGGCGAUGGGGAGCAUCCCACCAUCCGUACCGAGUCCGAAGUCACGGUGGUCCUCGGCUUGGCGGGCUUGAAAUUCCCCGCGGGUUAUGGAGCCGUUGCGGGCUAUUUGCGGGGGGCGGGGAGCAUUAGCUUCAGAGCCUCCAGUAGCUCGACAGCUACCCCAAAGCUCUCCGAAUAUGGCAAAUAUCGCCGGCAAAACCCCAACAAAAACAUGUUCAAACCCAAUCGGGGCCUGCUGAUUAUGAUGCAGAGCAACCAAAGCAAGACAUUCCGAGCGCACGACUCUUCUCGUCUCUUCAACUCACGAUUUCUCCCCUUCACUCACGACAGUACCAGGCUCAAACCAAUAAACCACUAG